UCAACUUACCGCCAUUUAGCAUUUGUGUUUUACUUGGAACAUAAAUAUAGAAGCCUGACAUCAAGGAGUGAGAAUGGAGAGUUCUGUGCUGCUCGUUUUCGUGACUGGGACUGCGCUGUUGACCCAUCCGACGUUUGCAAUUGGCGAAGAACGUGAUCGCAUUCUGCUGUUUCCCGAUAACUUCUUUUUUGCUGAAAGACGGUUUGUAAACCACAUCAUCGAUACAAAAAAAGUUAAGGAUUUGGAUCACUGUGAGCUUUUCUGCUACAUGAACGACAAAUGCGUUAGUGCUAACUUCAAAAAAGAGCCAGAGCCUGGAGGAAUGACUCAUGUUUGUGAAUUGAAUAACGCUACUCAUCUGGAUUAUGAUACUGACCUGAUAACUGAUGCCAAUUUUUAUCAUCGCGGCUCUAAGAACGCCUGCGGCAAGAAUUCACGGUGCCAAAAUAAUGCAAUUUGUGAGUCCGGUUUCACAUUCAAGGGAUAUCGAUGCUUGUGCCCUCCUGGAUUCGAGGGAGAAAAUUGUGAAAAAGAUAUCGACGAGUGUGCUUCAAAUGACAAUAAAUGUGCUAAGGGUGCUGCCAUUUGUAAAAAUACGGUAGGAUCAUACAAUUGCACCUGUCAUUUUGGACAUGAAUGGGAUGGCACUGAAUGCAAAGCUGAUGUAUGCCAACUCAACACCGUUCUGCACGAUGUUGAUAGAGACGUAAGCCACCAUGACCCGGAAAAAACAGAAUGUGACCAAAAUCUCAACCCUGAUUGGUAUCGUUUCUUGGACAUUCCAGGAAUAACAAUGCCGACUGAGUGUCCAGAUCCUGACAAGUGCGGCACAUCAUUUCCAGGCUGGUUGAGCAGUAGUCACCCCACAGUGACUGAGGGAGAAGUAGCAGGGACUGUUUGCUUCAGCAGGAGCUCGGAUAUGUGCUGUCACCAGUCGAAAAACAUAAGGGUGAAGAACUGUAGUUCCUUUUACGUCUACUAUUUGGUGCCGACGAGCUGUCCCUACCGUUACUGCUUCACCCAUAACUGAACAUCUUAAAACUGUUAAAUAUUUAAGAAUAUUGACAGCUUGUUGGGUUAAAACAUAUGCUCUUCUUGGGCGAGGUUUCAAGGCAACGAAGCCCAAAACGAGAAUAUGUUUUAACCCAAAGCCGACAAUAUUUUAUGGUAUUGGUGUCUGAAAAUCGCACUCAGUUGUUUUUAUAGUGAUCCAUCCAGUAGAAGGAUAAGUA